UUGGUCAAAGGUACACUGGGUGCCGUGGAAGAUGAUCGCAUUCAACAGUGUGAAGUGCAGUGACGUGAGUGUUACGGACGUAGGCUAAAACUUCGUAAAGUCUAAGAAGACUUUUCGCCACGUACUAGGAUUUAGCGGUCGUAACACUUAUUAUUUCUUAGCUUCACAUUCAACUUUACUGAAACAUUUUUCCCCAUCCAAGAGUCAACAACACGGCACUUGGCUAGCCAGUUAGCUAGCUAACAGCAAUAGUGUGCUGUAACGAUAGCUAUGUAAAUCAGGAGUUAUGUAAGGGAAGUCUAGUUUUAUCACCUGAGCCACAUCAUGACAAGGGCUACGGACUACUCGACUGAACAUUGCUAACAUAAAAUCUGGAGAAACAGCACCGUUUAGCUUGCUAACAUUAGCCCACCUGCGAAAGAGGGGAAUAUCAGAUAGAACUGUCACGAUGGCUUCUCUGCUCCGGGGUGAAGAGAUGUGUUUGGCCCAGCUGUUUCUACAGUCUGGGUCCGCGUACGACUGCAUCAAUGAACUUGGAGAACUGGGGCUUGCAGAGUUCAGAGAUCUCAAUCCCACUGUUAACGCAUUCCAGAGAAAAUAUGUCAAUGAGAUCAAAAAAUGUGAAGAAAUGGAGAGGAUCCUCGGAUACCUUCUGAGGGAAAUCAAGAAAGCAGAUAUUUCACUGCCAGAAACAGAUGUGAACCCAGCAGCUCCUUUACCCAAGCAUGUCAUGACUAUAAUGGAACAGCUACAGAGGCUAGAGGUGGAAUUAGGUGAAGUCACCAGGAAUAAGGAGAAGCUGCAGAGGAAUCUGCUGGAGUUGACAGAGUACACACACAUGCUGCGCAUCACACGCAAGUUUGUCCAAAGAAAUGCUGAGCGGGAGCCCUUGCAAGUACAGUAUGAGGAGUUUCCCUUCCUGGAAAAAGACACAUUGAUGGACUACAGCAGCAUGCAGAGGCUAGGAGCCAAACUGGGUUUCAUUUCUGGCCUUAUUCAGAGGGUGAAGAUCGAGGCGUUUGAGCGAAUGCUUUGGAGAGUAUGUAAAGGCUACACCAUCCUUAGCUAUGCUGAAGUCGAAGAGUAUCUGGAAGAUCCUGACACGGGUGAGCCUACCAAAAGUGUGGUGUUCCUGAUUUCAUACUGGGGAGACCAAAUUGGUCAGAAAGUGAAAAAGAUCUGUGACUGCUACCACUGUCACCUGUACCCCUAUCCCAGUAACAACGAGGAGAGGGACAAUGUUGUGGAAGGACUAAGAACUCGCAUUCAGGACCUGAAAACUGUGCUUCAUAGGACAGAAGACUACCUGAGACAGGUCCUGAUCAAGGCUUCAGAAUCUGUCUACAUCUGGGUCGUCCAAGUCAAGAAGAUGAAGGCCAUCUACUAUGUUCUGAACCUGUGUAGUUUUGAUGUGACCAAUAAGUGUUUGAUUGCAGAGGUGUGGUGUCCUGUCAGUGACAUUCCUGCACUGCGGAGAGCGCUAGAAGACGGAUCGAGGAAAAGUGGAGCAACAGUUCCUUCCUUUGUUAAUCGUAUCCCCACAACUGACACUCCUCCCACCCUGAUAAGGACCAACAAGUUUACCUCUGGAUUUCAGAAUAUUGUAGACUCCUAUGGAGUGGGCAGCUACAGGGAAGUAAACCCUGCUCCAUUCACAAUCAUAACUUUCCCAUUCUUGUUCGCUGUGAUGUUUGGUGACCUUGGUCAUGGCGUUCUCAUGGCUCUGUUUGCUUUCUGGAUGGUUUUGUAUGAAAACCACCGCAAAUUUAAAAACACCAGGAAUGAGAUCUUGAACACAUUCUUCGAGGGGCGUUAUAUCAUUCUGAUGAUGGGACUGUUCUCUAUCUACACUGGGCUGAUAUACAAUGACUGUUUCUCAAAAUCUCUCAACAUCUUUGGUUCUGGAUGGAGUGUGUUUGCCAUGUUUAAAGAAGAGUGGAACAAUAGUGUCCUCUGUAAGAAUUGCCAGCUAACUUUGGAUCCAACUAUUCAAGGUGUUUUUAAAGGGCCGUACCCUCUGGGAAUUGACCCGAUUUGGAACUUGGCAACGAACCGGCUUACAUUUCUUAACUCCUAUAAGAUGAAGAUGUCAGUGAUAUUCGGGGUCAUACACAUGAGCUUUGGGGUAAUCCUCAGCACCUACAAUCAUCUAUACUUCAGGAAGAAGUACAACCUGUACUUGGUGUUCAUCCCUGAGCUCGUGUUUAUGCUGAGUCUGUUUGGAUACCUGGUGUUCAUGAUAUUCUACAAGUGGCUCGCCUUCUCGUCUAAGGACUCCCAAAACGCUCCGAGCAUUCUCAUCCACUUCAUAAACAUGUUCAUCAUGCAGGAUGAUAGUUCAUUGAAGCCCCUUUACCCAGGACAGAAUGGUCUGCAGAUAUUUCUGGUGAUCAUUGCUGUUCUCUCGGUGCCUGUUUUACUCCUGGGGAAACCCAUCUACCUUUAUUGGCUAAAAAAUGGAAGUCACCGCUUGGUAAUGUACAGGGGAUAUGAGCGUGUGCGACGCAGCAGUGAUGAAGAUCUCUGCCUGAUGAGGGCUCAUGACAUGGAGGAGGGCAGCAGUCACAGUGAUCUGUCUACUAGUGGAGAUCACCAUUCAGAGGAGUUUGACUUUGCAGAGGAGAUACUUCAUCAGUCCAUUCACACCAUAGAGUAUUGCCUGGGUUGCAUCUCCAACACAGCCUCUUACCUAAGGCUCUGGGCUCUAAGCUUGGCACAUGCCCAGCUGUCAGAGGUGCUGUGGGCCAUGGUCAUGCGAAUAGGACUAAGAAUGGACACAAAACUUGGGGUUGUAGUCCUGGUGCCAUUGUUUGGCCUGUUUGCUGUCCUCACUGUGUCCAUCCUCUUGGUAAUGGAGGGUCUCUCUGCGUUCCUUCAUGCUCUUCGGCUACACUGGGUGGAGUUUCAGAAUAAAUUCUACAGUGGGACUGGCGUCAAGUUUUGCCCGUUUUCCUUUUCUCUCCUACCAUCUUGCUUUGAGCAGGAUGGGUUACUGUGAAGUGACUAUUGAGAAAUUGUCUUAGUUGGUAACCAGAAC